AUGCGCGAAGCCGCACAUGCGGCGCUUCUGGCGGCGACAGGAGGGGAGGGAAGGGGGGGGAUGGGGGAAAUGGGAGGGGGUACGGGACUUCGGAACGCCCUCGCCGCGGCAAACGACGGUCCAGGCCCACCUCCCGCCAAAGAUAAGCGUUCCUUGCCAGCCACAUACCAUAUCGGCGACGAUGCGCCUCCGCCGUGGGCACAGGACUCGCAUCUUGAAAGAACUCAGGCGUUUGAAACCCGCUUAUCGACCUUGGAAGCAGAGCUGCGGGAUCUCAGGCGUGAUGCCAUUGAAGAGGAAGUUAGAGCAUGGUUUGCAAGGGCGGAAUGCCUCCCGCUGCUUCAGGCAUUGAUAACGAGAUUUCUGGGUGAAGCGGAUUUUGAGUUUGAUUGGCGAGGCUCGGAGACGGGUUGGUGGAUUCCGGGCCCCCAGGUUGCACAGCUGAUAGGCACAACGUUGGAGGACCUUUCUAAUUUGUGGGAGGGCAUGGUGCAACUCCCUGAUGUCCUUUGUGUGCAGGAACUAGGCACCCGAGACGCGCAGCCCCAGGACGUCAUUCUGAUCGGAGCGGACGUGAACCAGGUAAAGGCGGCCCUGCUGUGCAAGGUCCGUCAUGAGAGGGCCUUGGCCAAGGCGGACCACAAGAUUAAGAUCCUGGAGGACGCCCGCGCGGGAGACAGAAAGGCCAUAACCUACCUUCCUAAGAGUGCGGCACAGCGCUCCUUUGAAACGAGCUAUAUUGAGCGUCGAGGCGGGCAACAACAGGCGGCACAGGAACUUCAGCAGUUUUAUGACUCCCGGGGCAAGCUACUGCAGUACUUCAACCGCUUACUGCACGAUGAGCUUGCGGUUCCUGCGAAUUGGGCAGAAGCAAAGGCGGGCCUCCUUUGGAAGUUGUGUUCGGCAAACCGCUUGCACAUGUCACUGGGGACCCACACCUGGAAGGACGGACUCUGCCUCCCACACUUUCUGCUGUAUGCCGAUGAUAUUUUGUUGUUCGCGAUGAGUGCAGCAGAGCUCCAGAGGAAGUUGCGAGACUUGACGGACAGCUUGCAGUGCAUCGGCCUAUUUAUUAAUGCGAGAAAGUGUCAGGUCCUGAACAUCAAAGGGGUGGAUACGCCGCUUACAGUCUUGGUGCGCACCCUUAGCUCGCACAAACUAGCGCUACGAACGCUGCGCCCUUCGUGGCUCAGUGAGUGCCCCCUCCAUAAGUUCAGGCUAUUCUACUCCCGUGUCAGACAAGACGGCGAACAUGAACACUGGGAAUGGCAGGCGUCCAACCGUGCGGGCUGGAGUAACAUGCUACCGAGAUGGCUGGCAGCCUGGAACGCGGGCCUCCCGACUCCGGAUACCUCGGAGUUCCUCCAGGGUAGGCAACUCGUAGUUGUUAAGGGCGGGGCGGCGGCAUUGCGCCCUCGGCGAGAUGUGUUGGAAGAGGGGUACAGCAGGGGAUUGAUCACUAUCGCCCCCUGGAGGGCCAACAAUUGUGUCUCCAGUACGAUCUGGGUAGCACACCGGAUAGGACUUAUGACACGUGACUCCUUCGUGCAGACAGCGGUGGUCAUACCACCAUAUCUUCUCCCCCGCUAUGUGCUCGAGGGCAACAGAGAUCCGCGGGACGUGGACGCCGCCAAGUUCACGUCCGAUACUUCACUGAAUCCAGAUCGGCGUCCCGCCAUGCCCACUAAGAAGCCGCGCCUAGAAGCGGAGGUAGCAGCUCUUGCGAUACUGGACAGGGAUGACUUUGUCACCAAAUCUGAAGUGGUCCAAGUGAUGAGCAUGCGGUACCCCAUCACUACUCGGCUCCUCACAAGGCUAGUCCGACAGUGGGCCCCCCAGGUUCGCUUCACCACGGUGACAGUCAUGCUGGAUGUCAACUCGCCGUUGCAUACCGACCCGGGCAACUCCGAUGUCCCGGGGAUGGUGAUGGCGUUGACUACCGCGUUCACAGGAGGGGAACUAUGGGUGGAGCACAACCAGGGCACCACCACGAUGUAUCGUAAUGGCGCCCCCCAUAGGGGCAUCCAGAUUGACAUAGCCAGCCCGUUUGUCUUCUCGGCGAAACGGGUUCUGCACGGAACCUGCAGGUGGGAAGGAUCGCGCAUGACUAUCGCAGCCUACAGCACAGCGAACAGCGCGACAAACCUGGGAGAAGACCUGACGUUCCGUCUGACCUCAAUGGGCUUCUUCCCCCCCACGGUGCAGGACGAGGACAGGUUCCGACUGGAAACUUGGGGGGCUGUCGUGGCUAGACAGCUGCGCCUGGACCAAGCGGGGAGAUGGCCAGCAGGGGUCCUUCUACAACAUGGGCCAAUUACAGUAGACCUGGAAGACCCUUGCCCGCCGACCCUGGUGAUAGAGUCAGAGUCGGAAGAGGAUGUCGUUAGCGUGUGUGCAGGACCCGGCUCUCCGGAGCCGGAUUUCUGGGAUUGCGUGCUUUCGGAUCCGGACUUUGAUGAUAUUGACCGGAAGCACGCAACAGGGCUCUUUGACACGUGGGUAAUCUACGCUGACGGGCCCAAAAUGCAAGCCGCGAGCGUGGAGCUCAGAGGGGAAGUGCAGGACCUACGUAAGCGGGUCAUGGACGCUGCCAACAAUAUUUGGCAGGGGCUGGAUCUCCGUCAGCGCAUGCAGAGCAUCGACAUCAUACAUGAUACAGUGCGGGAGCUUCAGGCGAGACGCUCGGACGUGGCCGAGAUUCAACACAUGGUGCACCUGCGCGCCCAACUGAAUUCGACAUUGAUUCGGCUGGAGGAGAUCGAGAAUCAACUCCAAUCCACGAGAACCCCUGAAAUGCUACCCAUCGUGAGAUUGUCGAUUCCGGAAGGGUCUGAGAUGCAAGUCAUUUGA